GCGUCGCCUGCCUCGGCCCGCCAGGUCCAAGUGCGUUAUAGACAGCUUGUCCAUCCUUCCCCGCCCGCGAGAUACCAGCACCUUCCAUGACGUCUCUGUCCUGUGCCCGGAAGUCGGCGGAGAUGACCAUGAAAACUGGUGGCUAGAGGGGCCCACACUUUCCCUCCCAGCCCUCACUUCCGCCGGAAGUGGCCUCCGGUCUCAAGUGCCCUUUCCUUGUUGCACGCGCCGGCCCCGGCUGCUUGGGGUGCGAGUACAACCACCAUGGCGGCCGCCACCCUGCUGCGCGCGCCUCUCUUCAGCGGUCUCGGCGCCGGCCCAACCCCGCUACUGCAGGGUCUAUUGCGGCCGCUGAAGGUCCCAGCACUGUCCCACUUGUGUCGCGGCCUGGCCGUGGAGGCCAAGAAGACCUAUGUGCGCGACAAGCCCCAUGUGAACGUGGGUACCAUCGGCCAUGUGGACCACGGCAAGACCACACUGACCGCUGCCAUCACUAAAAUUUUAGCUGAGGGAGGUGGAGCCAAGUUUAAGAAAUAUGAGGAGAUUGACAAUGCCCCGGAGGAGCGAGCCCGUGGUAUCACAAUCAAUGCGGCACAUGUGGAGUACAGCACUGCUGCCCGCCACUAUGCCCACACAGACUGUCCGGGUCACGCAGAUUACGUUAAGAAUAUGAUCACAGGCACCGCUCCCCUCGACGGCUGCAUCCUGGUGGUGGCAGCCAAUGAUGGCCCCAUGCCCCAGACCCGAGAGCACUUACUGCUGGCCAAGCAGAUUGGAGUAGAACAUGUUGUGGUGUAUGUGAAUAAGGCAGAUGCUGUCCAGGACUCUGAGAUGGUGGAGCUAGUUGAGCUGGAGAUCCGGGAACUACUCACUGAGUUUGGCUACAAAGGGGAGGAGACCCCUGUCAUCGUAGGCUCUGCCCUCUGUGCCCUCGAGCAACGUGACCCUGAGCUAGGCGUGAAGUCUGUGCAGAAGCUGCUGGACGCUGUGGACACCUACAUCCCAGUGCCUACCAGGGACCUGGAGAAGCCUUUCUUGCUGCCUGUAGAGUCAGUUUACUCUAUCCCUGGCCGGGGCACAGUGGUGACAGGUACACUAGAGCGUGGCAUUUUGAAAAAGGGAGACGAGUGUGAGUUCCUGGGACACAGCAAGAACAUUCGCACGGUGGUGACAGGCAUUGAGAUGUUCCACAAGAGCCUAGAGAGGGCAGAGGCAGGUGACAACCUUGGGGCCCUGGUCCGAGGCUUGAAGCGGGAGGACUUGAGGCGAGGCCUGGUCAUGGCCAAGCCAGGUACCAUCCAACCUCACCAGAAAGUGGAGGCACAGGUUUACAUCCUCAGCAAGGAGGAAGGUGGCCGUCACAAGCCCUUUGUAUCCCACUUCAUGCCCGUCAUGUUCUCCCUGACUUGGGACAUGGCCUGUCGUGUCAUUUUGCCUCCAGGGAAGGAGCUUGCCAUGCCUGGGGAGGAUCUAAAGCUCAGCCUAAUCUUGCGGCAGCCAAUGAUCUUAGAAAAAGGCCAGCGUUUCACCCUGCGAGAUGGCAACCGGACCAUCGGCACCGGUCUUGUCACUGACACGCCAACCAUGACUGAGGAGGACAAGAACAUCAAGUGGAGUUGAGUCUGGACCUCUGCUCAGGCUCUCUUGUGUUCAGGGCUGCACUGGUCAGUGUUCUCUCCUUCUGGUGCCCCCCCUUCCCAGGGCACAGGCUGCAACCCAGCAUAGUGCAGCUAGACUGACACUUUCCCUGGUCAGAAGGGGCCACAUGGCCUGCCAGGUGAGGUAGGUCAAUAAACUGUUCCGUGAAUAGUAAACUAGUGGGUGUGUCUGGUGUCCUUUGUGUAAGGUGGAGAGGACUGAGGAGUAUAAAAAGUGGAGCUGAAGCCCAGGACAGAAGAGCUUGUGAGAUAUCCUGAGAGUUCAUCUCUGUCUUAUAGGCUGGAAAAGCUCCUGUCUUCAUAAAGCUGUCAGCACUGCUGUGACACUUGAGAAAGGCAGAGAAGCCAAAGAAGAAAGCCAGUUUAGUGAGCUUUGUAUAAUUGCCUAGCAAAAUGCUACAGUAGGAUAUUGCUGGACAUCCUACUGGGCAUUAGUGGGAAAGGAUUUGGUUAUCACUUGGAGUCAGCAUGGGCUCAGCUCAGAUGCCAAACCCACCUCAUUUCCUCUCUCUUACUAGGCUGUUAAUGUCUACGUACCCUUGUUUAAGCUGAUAAUGUGGACUGUAUCUUUCUUCUGAACUAGCACAUAAGAAGUACUUAAUAAAUAGAUAAUCUGUGUGCUUAA